AUGGACGAAGACGGCCCCAACUUUUCCUACGCCUACGGCGGCGCGCCUCCCACCCCCUCCACAGCCUCGAACGCAUCAUGGAAUCCCGCAUUGCGCACCGAGAAGGAAGCGAGUGCACCACCUAGCGCGAAACCCACGAAUCAGUUUGCACAGACCAAACCAGAGUCGUCAGAGGAAGACGACGAGGAAGAGGAUGACAGUGAGGAGGCGGAUGAGGAGGACGAUGAUGAAGAAUCAGAAGAGGAGAGCGAGGACGAAGAGACUCCUUCAAGGCCUGCAGUAGCUGCACCACUCGCACCGGUACCGGCAGUCAAGCCUGCACCCGAAGAAGCAGAGACCGAUGAGUCUACUGCGCGCGACGACACAAUACAAGCGCCACCAAGCGCAGAAGCGCCUCAACCUCUCGAGCCCCUGGAGGGUGGAGCAGACGGUGCCGACGAUGAAGAUCUAGUUAGUGCCACGCAGGCACUCAACAUUACCGAACCACAAGCGACACCAGCAAGAGCCGAAUCAAGUGAGGAGGAAGAGUCUGAUUCCGAAGACGAGAGCGAAGACUCGCAACCUGCAGCGCAGAUACAACGGGAGGAAAGCUCAGAGGAAAGUUCAGAAGAAGAGGCGGAACCCGAACAGCAUCCCGAGGAGAACUACGAGCACCAAGGAGAGACUACAGCCCUGGAGGAUGCUAUGACGGAUAGUGUCAAAGUGCCUUUGGUAGCAGACACGGAGGCAGAUGAAUGGGGCGCGUCUGGAGACGACCCCUUUGAUCUUGGUGGGAAACCACAAGAACCUCCUCUGGAGACACCCGUGGCGGAGGCUGUUGGGACGACCGUCGGAGACGACACUAUCGGAAAUACCACAGUAGGCGGAAACACUGGAGCCGACAUCGACUGGGGCAAUUCCGAAGAGCAGGAAGACUUCUUUGGUUUGGGCGCGAGCCAGCAGAUCGAACCUGCGCAGGCGGUAGACCAAAGUCCUGGCGCGCAUGUGGUACAGGCCGAACCAAAAGCUCCCGAAAAGAACGAGUGGGAUCUGGAUCUUGACCUGGACGACGACUUCUUGCCUGACCAAGAAGAAGCACCCGUCAUUGAGUUGAGCGACGACGAAGGCUUCCUCGAUGAUGAAGCGCCAGCACCCGCACAGCAACCCACGCAAGCCGCUCCUUCAGGAACUGCAAGCCGAUAUGCUCCUCAAACUCCUGCAGUCGCACCCGCACUUGCCCCGGCAGCGAACCCAUAUGCCCCUCAGUCGCAGCCCGCGGUGGCACCAGCUUAUGAUGGCUUUGGACGGAAUAUGGCUUUCCAACAGCAACAGCAACCACCUCGACCACCAAUGGCGAGUUCAGCGCAAAGUUUCGUAGACAAGUCGAAAGGAGGUUAUGCCUCGCCAUAUGAUCUGCCGGAAGACAUCGUAACUACCCGAAAGCGACCAGCUCCUCGAACAACAGUGUCUGCUGUACAGCCAACUCCACCACCCCCGCGAACUAGCAGUAUGUCCUCGAACGCGGGGCCUCCACGGCCGCCACUGUCGUCGAGCAUGUCAGUUGCCAGUCUGUCUCCGCCCUCAUCAGGCCACUCCAUGCGUUCUCAGAUGACUGGUAUGCCACCACCGGCUGCACCUCCAAAACCCGCUGUCACAGCGAAAUCACCAUCGAGUGAUUUCUUCGCCGAGCUGCCCGUCACCUCCAAGCCUCGCCCGUCUGGACGCUACACCCCGCAACCGAAUAUGGCUGUUCAACCUCCAGUCAGCCAUCCUCCCCCGCAACUUCCUCCAAAGGAGCGCACCGCUUCAACCUCGUCCUUGCGAAAUGAGUUCAUCCCAGAUGCUGCCAAAGUCGCUACUCCUCCUCCCUUCAGACAACCAGAACAGUUGGCCAUGUUCCCUACUCAGCCAUCGGUACCUGCGCGAACAAACAGUCUUCCCGUUCCUCAGCCAGUGCAAGCGCCUCUUUCCACGAACAGAUACUCUCCUGCUCCGCCUCCGUCGGGACCAGCUGCCAAUUCACGGUACUCUCCUGCACCCCCAAGUGCACCAGCGGCGAACCCGCGAUACUCGCCCGCGCCUCCGCCAGGACAGCCUCAUGCUCGUUAUCAGUCCGAGCCGCAUAACAACUUGACCCGGACUCCUUCGCAGCCUUUCGCGCCCCGUACUUCCAGCCCGCUAGCCUUCCAUAGCAUGCCUCAUCAGCAGGAGCAAGCCCCGGAAAACCAUGCACAAUAUCCUCCGAACCAUCAAGUCACCCAGUCGGCUGAUGGGAUGCCCCGUCCACCAUUCAGAAGCCCACUGGGGGAGGUUAGCGAGAUUGAAGAGCAGGAGCCAAUUCUGAGUUCGAGGCCGCCUACUGGACGAUCAGAGACGCCACCGCUACGGAGUACACCUUCAUCAGUAGUCGGCUCACCACGGAAGACCGAUGGCUAUGCACCAAGAUACCAGCCAGCCCAGCCGGCCGUCCCACAACGUUCUCACUCACAAUCUCCAACAGCGACUAUGAAGCAGCCUGCAUACAGUAUGAUGCCUUCGUCUUCAGUCUAUGGCGGCCGGCCUACUGCUUCAAGCUCGGUCAACGUCAUCCCCCAUCGUCGACAGGCGUCAGUCAACUACGACUUCAUUGUCCCCGAAGACGAGCGCUCGGCAGACCCACUCGAAAGAUGGAAGGGUCAUCCUGUGUUCACAUGGGGCCUAGGAGGCAAUGUUGUCACGAGCUUCCCUAAGCAGAUUCCUCGCUACGGAGGUGGCGGAUCAGCGCCGAUGAUGAAGAGUAGCCCUGGUGAGAUUCGCAUCCAGAGUGUCAAGGAGGUUCUCCCUCUGCCAGAAGACGUUGCCAAGUUCCCUGGUCCCCUCAAGGCCAAGGGCAAGAAGAAGGAUGUGUCAGCAUGGCUUGGCCGUAAAAUCGAAGCACUUGAGAACCAGUCUAAAGAGCCAGGACUCGAACACACUAUGAGCGAAGACGAGUUGAAGCGCGUGGAUGAUCGCAUCCUCCUUUGGAAACUCAUGCAAGCAUUGGUCGAUAAUGAUGGCAAAUUGGAGGGUACUCCUGCAGAAGCCGCUGUCAAGAAGCUGCUACUACCUCCAGGUGACGAGACAUCUGACGAAGCCGGUUCAUAUUCGACGGCAGCGGACAUUGUUGGACGUUCAAGAUCCAACACCUCCAACCUCCAGGCAGAGCCCAUCGAUCCCCGUGCUGUUGAAGAUCUACAGGGCAUGCUUGUCAAGGGUGAUCGCGAGAAAGCUGUCUGGCAUGCUGUUGACCAGCGCUUAUGGGGCCAUGCGAUGCUGCUGUCUUCUACUCUCAGCAAGGACAUAUGGAAGCAGGUUGUCCAAGAAUUCGUUCGAAAAGAAGUAAAGAAGGCUGGACGCAACAACCAGGCGCUGGCUGUAUUGUACGAAGUCUUUGCUGGUAACCACGAGGACUGUAUUGACGAACUGGUACCUGCUUCGGCUCGUGCCGGAUUCCAGAUGGUGAGCGCUGAUGGUGUUGGCGCAACCCAGAACGCACUCCAGGGUCUAGACAAGUGGCGCGAGACAGUUGCGCUGAUUCUGAAUAACCGUAGCGAAGGUGACGCAUCAGCGCUACUCUCGCUUGGAAGGCUUCUGGCUCAAUACGGUCGCAUUGAAGCUGCACAUGUAUGCUUCAUCAUCGCGCGUUCAGUUCUGAAAGUCAGUGGAGUCGAUGACCCGCAGGCUGAUCUUGUUCUGAUCAGCGCUGACCAUCGUCUCAACCCUCUGGAAAUGGGUGUCGAGAUGGAGCCAAUAUUGCUGACCGAGGUAUACGAAUUCGCGCUAUCGCUGUCAUCUCCGAGCGGCUCGUAUGUCAUUCCUCAUCUGCAAAACUACAAACUUGCACAUGCGUAUCAACUCGCUGAGAAUGGGUACCGGACCGACGCCCAGGCAUAUUGCGACGCCAUUGCAGCGGCAAUGAAGGCUACAACUCAAGUCUCGCUAUAUUACAACGCUGCUUUCAUCGCCAGUCUUGACGAUCUGAGCAAGCGACUGUCGCAGUCUCCGAAGGAUGGAUCGUCAUCGUGGAUCUCGAAGCCUAGCAUGGACAAGGUUGGAAGCUCGCUUCUAUCCAAGUUCAACAGCUUCAUUGCAGGAGACGACGAGGACAACACAGCCAACAAGUCUGGUGGGCCGGACGGACCUUUCGCUAAGAUCGCUGGUAAUAGCCCAUCCCUCACGCCCUCACAAUCGAGCACGGAUCUCUAUGGUGCGAUGUCCGGCUAUGGCGCUCCAACGCAACCAUCUGUCCCCGGCAACUCAAGGUAUGCACCAUCGAACGCGUACGCGCCAAGGUCGUCUUCGGAGCAGCAACGAUCUCGUUAUGAGCCUCAAGGUCGGCCAUCGAUGGAAUCGAACGACAGCUUCGGCGUGCGCGCAGCAUCUGACACCUACAUGCCUAUGACACCCACGUCAAACGUGUACAGCCCAACUCAAAAUCAACUGAGCCCACCGAGUGCACGCACGGCAGCCAAGGCACAGUCGUACUCACCCCUUCGUCCGGAGUACAGCCCAGCUCAGCCAUCCUUCGGUAGUCCUUAUAUGCCCACACCACCUGUCGGAGAGCCUUCCCUGGCCCCUGCAUUUGGUGGCUAUCAGCCUCAAGCGAACUCAGAUGAGCCGACAGCAAACGAGCUCACCUACGAUCGAUAUGGACCUUCGUCAUCCACCUUUGAGCCUCCUGCGUACCAGCCGUACAAUCCGGAUGAGGAUGACAAGGAAGAAGACAAGCAGAUAUCAAAGAAGAAGUCUUUCAUGGAUCUUGACGACGAUGACGACCUCGCUGCCCGCGCCUCGGCCUUGAAGAUUAGUGGAGGCAGCAGCUCCAAAUCAGACGCAGACAAAAAGGCAGAUGAGGCAUUCCGCAAAGCCGCCGAAGCAGACGCUCAACGCGACAAGGAAGCCGCAGCAGCAAAGAAGGGAGGAUGGUUGUCUGGGUGGUUUAAGAAAGAUCCCAACGCCGGUCCCGGUCCCAUCAAGGCCAAGCUGGGAGAAGAGAGCAGUUUCUACUACGACACAGAUCUUGGCAAGUGGGUAAACAAGAAGGGCGGCGCGGCAGACACGGGUAAGCCCGCUGCAACACCACCUCCUCCACGUGCUGGACCUCCCGGCGGCGGAGCUCGAAGUGCCUCAGGUAGCGCCGCACCCACACCGCCUAUGGGUCCUCCCGGCGCAGGUGCACUGCGUCCACCUACCUCCAACCCCCGCUCGUCGUCGCUGCCGCCGCCAAUGGGUGUAGCAGGCUCCCGCGCAUCUACACCCGGCAUCCCAGAAUCCGACGAAGAGGGUUUCGCUGGACCCAAGCCACCUACGCUGGCUAGACCCAGCUUCGGUGCUGCAUCCGGACCGCCAUCACGGCCGGGCACUGGUAUGAGCAAUGCUAGUAGUAUUGACGAUUUGCUCGGCGCACCUCAGGCGAGGAAGGGCCCGGCGGGUAAGAAGAAGAAGGGUGGACGCUAUGUCGAUGUCAUGGCCAAGUAA